GCAUUCCCCUUCCUUCCAUCCCCAGUCCCACCUCCCAAAACCGAGCCCCCAUAAUUCUUCCCGCGCGGCCGCACCAAAUUCCCCUCCUACUGCCGCCACUGCCCGCGGCCCCGCCACAGACUACCGCCGGCCACAGCGGUCGCGCUAUCCGCAGUUCGCUCUCUGACCGUUCCCCUGCCGGCCCCAGCCCGCCCCCGCUGUGGCAGAUCUGGCCCUCUCUCGCGGCGCCAUUCCGUCGAACACGUCCCGCGCGUCGGCGGGCGUGGGGGAGGAGGAGGAGGAAGAUGUACGGCAGGCGCGCGUCGCAGCUGCUGAAGGAGCUCGACUCCUGCGAGCCCGGGCAACUGGUGGUUUUCAACAGUGAUGUGUUUGAUCAGGUCGUUAGAGAGUGCAAUGAGCACAAUGCACAGUUUCAGUCAUUGAUCAGGAAAAUGGUGGACCAAAACUUAGACAUUGAGACAACCAGAAACGAGGACCACUAUGGUGCAGCUAUCCACCAUCUUUCACUGCUCCGGAACAAAAGAUGCCUCAUCGCUUACAUGUACAACCGAGCAGAAACUAUUCAGAGUUUUAGAUGGAAACUUGGUCCUGUUCUUCCUCAUGAAAUACAAGAAAAGCUCCACUUUUCAGAGAAAGAAUACUUCAAGAACCACUCUGCAGCCAUUAAGUCAUACAUUUCGGAGAUGGAUAUAGAUUUAACAGUGGACAUGGUACCUCCCAAGGACCCUUAUAUCCAGGUUCGAGUACUGGAGGACAUUGGUGAAGUAUCUCUAGGUGACCAUUCCAUAUCAUUGACCAAGAACUCACUACAUUUCCUAAGGCGUACAGACGCCGAACAAUUUAUAUCACAGGGCCUCAUGGAAGAGUUUUUGGAGUAGGGAUCACAUAUGGUGUACGAUAGAUGCAGAUUAUGAUUGAGGAGAUAAUCACCCACUUAUUUUCUUCUUUGCUGCUGUGUGAUAGUACAAGCACUCUUCAAAUUCUGACAGACUGCAAAAAGGAAAGAAGAUAUCUUGUCUUAGAUGUGAAGGAACAAGGCAAAAUGAGGAAUGCCUGUGCUCCUACAUAGCUGUUAAUGAUGGCUACUAGCCUUAGAUGAAUGAAUUACAUUUGUUCUAUUUAUGUUGCUGUGGCCAUUCGUUACAUAUUGUAAUGUUCAUUGGUAUAAUUCAAAAUUUGUAAAACAUGUACAGGCAAUCUUCCUGAAUUUCACUGCAGUUGGAAGAUUAGCUUUCUGUUAACUGAUGAUGACAAGCUCGACCUGAACCUGAACUCCUGAAGGAUCAUAAUGUUUUCCCAGAUAUUGUGAUUCA